CAGUCGGUAAUGUCAACUAAUAAUCUUGACAUCGACGCAAUUAAAUUUUUACAAACGAAAAUCGUAAAUUGGAGUAAUAAUUUCGUAAAAAUAUCAAUUAUUUUUUUAUACAUUAAGUAAACAAAAAAUAUUUAACACGUCGAUUAAAUAUUUUUCAAUUCACGCUUAUUUUAAAUUGAUAUAAAUAAUUUUUUAUAAACUCCAAAAUAUAUUAAUCAAGCAUAACAAAAAAAAUUAUACGAAUAUUGUGAAUAAAUUCUAAACAAAGAAAAAUUUUCCAAAUGAUUAUCUAAAUGCUAAUAGUGUUGAUCUAUACGGUGUAGUGUGAAUAACCUUAGUGCCAAACGAAUCAUUCAGCAUUUUGUCUUUAUACUUCUGGCAGUGAAUUCCAUACAAAUAAUCAUGAGAAAAAAGAAACAGUUGAUUUUUGUGAGUAAUUAAUAAUCAAAUCACAAAUCUCUACUUUAAACAGAGUAAUACAUAUAAGUAUGAAGAAUUAUUGUAAUGAUUUUACUGUCAUGACUCAUGGUCGAAAUACCAAUAAAAUGCAGUUUAUUAUAUUCAUCAUACUGCCAUUAGUUUUGGGAGCAGCUGAUUUUUCAUUAAAAAAUAACAAUUCAUUGCCAUCUUUAUAUCCUGAAGUCAUACCAGCAGAUUAUGAGACAUCGUAUAUAAAAAUCAUCAACUCAUCAGUUGAAUAUGUGUUCCUAUAUAGUGAGACUCAGAUUAAUGAGAGUGCAAGGAUUAACGUGGAAAGCAAUGCUACCAUUGAAGAUCCUUUGUUAGUUGUUGUCAAACAAAGAGUAGGAAUUUUAUCGUGGCAAAUCCCACUUCUUGUUGAAAGGAAUAAUUCAAUUCCACAACUUUUCCAUAAAACUAGUCGAACUUUGUGUUCUUCUAGAGAUUAUAGAAGUAAUUUAGAACCUCUUAAAGGUGAUCGUGAUACUAUUGUAGUUAGUAUUUUUACUGGAAGUGAUUCAUCAGUGUCUUUCAAUUUGACUGUUGAUUUAGAGGAUGACUUUUAUCUCAGUCUGGGUAAAAGUCGAGAAAUAUCCAUCACUCCUGCAGAACCAAGAUAUUAUGCUUACAACUUUUCGGAUAAAAUAGAAAGUGCAUCUGUGUUGAUGAAAGUGGAGUCACAUGAGGAUACCUGUAUGACAGUUUCAAUUCAAAAUACUGUGUGCCCAGUAUUUGAUUUGGAACGAAAUAUUCAAUUUUCCGGUUAUUGGCAAACCGUGAGUCAACUCGGCGGCAUUUCAAUUUCUAAAGAAAUUUACCCAAAAGGUUUUUUUGUGGUAUUGGUGGUGAAAGGUGAUGAUAUCGAUUGUACAGGUUCAUUAGGAUCAGAGCAACGUAACAAAACUGUUACUUUAACAAUUUCUCCUAAUAUAACGACGAAAGAAGGUAUUAGAGCAGCGUCGAUUGCUUUGAUGAUUGGUAUCGCUUUCUUUAGUGCUUAUGCAGUUGGUGUCAUAACGCACAAUGUUCGUCUUCGUCGUAAAUUACGUCAAGAAUUAGAAGAUCUGAAUUCUCCAGAGCCUCUACGUCCGGAAGAGCUUCUUACUCCUGUGAUAGAAGAGGAUGGUCCUCGACAAUCUUCAAUAAUUGAAGUUGAUUCUUCAAUAGAUGAAGAUGAUAUAGACAUGUUGGAUGAUGCACUUUCAGAUAAAGAAAUAAUUCGUACCAAAAGAGUCUUGGCAGUAUCAGAUUUAGCUCGUAAAGAUCCUAAGAUUCUUCGGCACAAAUCUCGUUUAUACUUAUAUUAUCUGGGAACGAUCGCAGUAUUUUAUGCUUUACCUGUCGUUCAAUUGGUAGCUACUUAUCAAAAUGUUCUUCACGUUACUGGAAAUCAAGAUUUAUGCUACUACAACUUCCUAUGCUCGCAUCCAUUUUUAUGGCUGUCAGACUUUAAUCAUGUGUUUUCCAAUUUUGCUUACGUUUUACUAGGUCUUUUAUUUAUGUUAUUAACAUAUGUAAGGGAACAAGGAGAUUUAGCAAAUGAAGAAAAGAAAAAAAGUUAUGGAAUUCCUCAACAUUAUGGAUUGUUUUAUGCAAUGGGUACAGCGUUGAUAAUGGAAGGUGUACUUUCUGCUUGUUAUCAUAUGUGCCCUAGCCAUAGUAAUUUUCAAUUCGAUACCAGCUUUAUGUAUAUCAUCUCAGUCUUGUGUAUGGUAAAAAUUUAUCAGACUCGACAUCCAGAUAUUAAUGCUCGGGCUACCGUAACAUUUGCUGUACUUGCUUUGAUGAUAUUUUUGGGGACAGUUGGUGUAUUAAAUGGAACCGAUUGUUUCUGGAUUUUGUUUUCAAUAGUCCAUUUAAGUGUUUGUCUUCUUAUAACUGUUCAAAUUUAUUACAUGGGUAGAUUUAGGUUGAAUAAAGGGGUAUUACAACGAACACUUAUGACAUUGAAACAUGAUGCAAGAGCUGGAGUAGGUUACUUAGUGAAACCUAUCUACCCUGCAAGACUGAUGUUACUUGCUAUAGCAAAUAUUGCUAAUGUAGCUUUAGCUAUUGUCGGAAAUAUACAUCAUCAGAGACAAGAGACAAAAGACUUUGCUACAUUUUUAUUAGCUGUGCUUAUGAUGAAUUUACUGCUCUACACGUGUUUUUAUAUCGUUAUGAAAUUAUGCUCUCGAGAACGAAUUUUACUUCAACCGUUGUGUUACAUUAUCCUGUCAAUAAUAACAUGGGGUUUUGCGCUUUAUUUCUUCAUUCACAAAUCAAUCUCUUGGGCAUUGCUACCAGCGCAAUCUCGACAGUACAAUAUGCCAUGUAAACUACUAAAUUUCUUUGAUUUUCAUGACAUAUGGCAUUUCUUAUCAGCCUUAGCAAUGUUUUUCUCAUUCAUGGUACUGUUAACACUCGACGAUGAUUUGGAGGAUACUCACAGGAGCCAAAUUCCUGUUUUUUAAACAUAUUGAUUUAAUACUAAGGUCUGUUGGGUAAAUGUAAAUUGAAAUGAACGAAUAGGUUACAAAUAUAUUGAUAUUUUUAACAUUU